GAAGACGACAGUGACAAAGUACGAGCGUGCGUACAAGAAGCCGAUUCCGAAAAAGUACCUGAACCACUCGCCUGAGGAGCUGAUGGAGAACGCGCGCAGCAUCCAGAUGCUGCCGAUCGCCCCCGGCGACACCAUAGGCUCAUUGGGUCGCCAUGACUCGCAGCGCGUCCUGUUCCGGCCGUCCAACCACAUGGCAGGCCCCUCCUUCCAGCAGGAGCACAAGCUGCAGCAGCUGAAGCGCAUGGGCGUGGACGGCGACGACAUCGAGGACCUGGCCGACGGAUGCGACCGGUUCAGUGCUGCGCUGAUCGACGCGGCGCACAGCCAUCAAGCGCCGGAAAAGAGGGGCAUUUUAAAAAAGCAGACGGCGGAGGGAUGGGGCGGGGCGCUCGAGGCCGAUGACGUUUUGCGCGCGGCCGAGCACAACAUGCAAAGCCUCAUCGGCUCCAGUGGCGACGUGGAACGCACCCUGAAAACGCUCAACGGCUACCAUGACGAUAUCAUGGAGGCGCUGCGCAAGGCGGCGGUGCAGCGCGGCAUUGCCACGCCCUCCGGCAGCACGACGGCGCUGAGCGAGGAGCUGCUGCGCAGAAGCAUCAAGCAGUGCCAGGAGAGCUACGACUAUGACGGCCGCAGGAGUGGGAGGGGAAGCAAGGAGAACAUCUUGCAGCGAGAGCUCCCACCAAUCGCAUCGCGACUCGCGGUUCGUCUAUGGGCGGUACCGGCAGCCCCCCACCCGCAUUCUUCAUCCAGUGCCGUACCGACAGCCGGAGGAGGAGGGCAUUUAUGAGUCGGCCGACCAUGAGAGGGGCUCGGCCGGCUGCCAGGACACGCCCGAUAGCGAAAG